GCGAGUGCCGAGAAGUGUGACGCAUGCGUACUAAGUCAUUUUUGGCACUCUAUGUAAAGAGUAGGAAGUAGGAAGUCUCGGAAAUAUCUCAGUUACUCGCAAAGGUUUGAAGUUAGACUACGUUUCUUCGUUUUUGGAUCGAAAAGUUUGCGCUGAACUAACGUGUUGCUCGAUUCGAAAAAUGGAUUUCUUUCGACGUUAAUGGAUUACGAAUGAGUUGAUUUAUAACUUUUAUAACUAUGUAAAAACUUGUGAAAAUUGAAGUACAAAAUAAAUCUUAUGUUGUUAAUAAAUGAUAUGAUACGUGCUAAAUAGUGGAAAACAAUUGUUUCAAUUAUCUUGUGCUCAGAACUUAAGAAGUGUUGGGUGGAAGACCAUGAUUGUCGAGAGAAAGUGAACUAAUUAAAUUUUUCAAUCGCUGUUUUUGAAGAAAACAUGCGGUUUCGCAGGAAAAGAUUGUGGUACUGGAUACUCCGAAUUGUGACUAUUUCUAUAAUGUUUUCAAGUGUCGUGGCAUUACCAGAAGUCAUUAAAAUUGGUGGCCUAUUUGAAACAAAUGAAAGUCAACAAGAGUUAGCUUUUAGAAAGGCUAUAGAAAUGAUUAACUCGGAUGGAUUAAAUCUUCCCGGAAAAAAAUUACAAGCAAGAACGAGACAAGUUCCUCCACAAGACAGCUUCCGUGCUCUUAAGACAGCUUGUGAUUUUCUUGAAGAAGGCAUGGCCGCCAUCAUCAGUCCAAAAUCUCCGUCCAAUGUAGGUGUUUUACAAUCUACGUGUGAUACCUUUGAAAUUCCUCUCAUACAAACGCAUUGGUCGCCUGGUUACAAGGUUGGAAACACCUCCAUUAAUUUCUAUCCAGACAGCCGGGGACUGGCACGUGCUUUUUCUGAUUUCAUGCUCACUCACAAUUGGAAAUCAUUCACUCUCAUUUAUGAAGACAAUGAAGCCUUAAUUCGCCUUCAGGAAAUACUACAGUUGCCAUCCUCUAAAGGAAUAGGUCACAACAUAAAAAUAAUGUUGAGGCACGCAAAACCUGGUCAAGAUUUUUCUAAAAUGAUGAAAGAUUUAUACAAAUUAAAUGAAAAUAAUUUUGUUCUUGAUUUACCUUUACCCCGAGUGAAGCAGCUAUUUAUUGAUGCAACCAAAGUUUCUUUAAUGACAGAAUAUCAAAGUUAUUUGUUGACCUCAUUAGAUACGCAUACAGAAAAUUGGACAAAUAUUGGUUUAGCAAAUAUUUCAGCGUUUAGAUUAAUUAAUCCUGAAAAUGAAAAAUACAAAAAGUUUGUAAGCGAGUGGAUAUUUUCUGAACAAACAGCAGGAAGAAAUAUCAUAAACAAGCAGCCAGUGACGACAGAGGCUGCUCUUGUAUACGAUUCACUUCUGUGGCUGUCUCAUAUGAUAAAUGAACUUGACAGAAGUAAGCAGAUUCAUAUUAAAUCAUUGUACUGCGACGGAACACAAACCUGGGCUUCAGGUUUGCAAUUAGUUAACGCCAUGAAAAUAAGUUCCCCAGAAUAUACGACAGGGAUAUUGAAAUUUGAUAAAAAUGGGACACGAUCAAGCUUCGAGCUAGAUCUUGUAAAAAUUUCAACAAAAGGAUUACACAAGGUUGGUACCUGGGAUACAGAAAUUGGAUUACAUUUAUCUAAGCGAGGGGACGGAGAUGAAUUUGGUGACGUUUUGGAUAUCUUGAAAAACAAGACUUUGAGGGUUACAACAAAACUGACUGCGCCGUACAUGUCGAAAGUGGAAUCUGAUCAAGAACUUAGGGGAAACGAUCGAUAUGAAGGAUUUUGCAAGGAUCUUUUAGACAAACUAGCCAGUAAACAUCAUUUUCAAUAUACGAUAAGAGAAGUGGUGGAUGGUAAUCAUGGAAAAAGACUUGAUAAUGGAUCUUGGAAUGGAAUGAUUGGUGAACUCUUACGAAAGGAAGCUGAUAUAGCCAUAGCUGACUUGUCAAUAACUUACGAAAGAGAAGAAGCUGUGGAUUUUACCAUGCCUUGGAUGACACUUGGCAUCAGCAUUCUUUUCAAAAAACCUGACAAGAAGAGUCCACCCAUGUUUUCAUUUCUUCAGCCUUUAUCAUUAGAAGUGUGGUUCUAUAUGGGAACAGCAUACUUAGGAGUGAGCUUGUUUCUAUUCAUCUUAGCAAGACUGAGUCCUUAUGAAUGGGUGAAUCCUCAUCCAUGUGAUACUGAGAAUGAUACCGUGGAAAAUCAAUUUACUCUUCUAAAUUGCUUCUGGUUUACGAUUGGUUCAAUAAUGCAGCAAGGUUCGGAUAUCUUACCCAGAGCUAUUUCAACCAGAAUAGUUGCUAGCAGUUGGUGGUUUUUUACUUUAAUUAUGAUAUCAUCAUACACAGCAAACUUAGCAGCUUUCCUCACGUCUCAACGUAUGACAUCUCCUAUAACUGAUGCAAAAGAUCUUGCAAAACAAACGACAAUUCAGUACGGGAGUGUGGAUGGAGGAUCAACUCAAGCUUUUUUUAGAAAUUCUUCUUAUCCGAUUUACAAAAGAAUGUGGUCAUUUAUGGAAUCUCAACGACCAUCGGUAUUCACCAAAACUAAUGGCGAUGGAAUUUCCAGGGUAAAAAUGGGAAAUUAUGCUUUUCUUAUGGAGUCAACAAGUAUAGAAUAUAUCACUGAAAGAAGAUGCGAACUGACAAAAAUUGGUGGAGAACUGGAUUCAAAGGGAUAUGGAAUUGCAACCCCACCCAAUUCACCAUAUAGAGGUCUCCUGUCGAGCGGAAUACUCGAGUUACAAGAAACACAACAGUUGCAUAUGCUGAAACAGAAAUGGUGGAAAGCACCUGUUCAAUGUGUAGACGAUAGUGCUGCAGACUCGGCGGAAAUGGGUAUUCGAAACGUAGGAGGUGUUUUUCUUGUACUUGGUAUUGGCUCAUGUUUAGGAGCGAUUCUUGUUGUCAUGGAAUUCGUAUGGAAGGCCAAUAAGAUAUUAGAACGGGAAUCUAUUCCCAGGAUGUUAUGGAAUGAGCUAAAGUCAACGUUAACUUGCAGAGGAUCUUCUAGGCCGGCACCUAAAGACGCGGAAGACGAACCAUCAGUUGAGAAAAUGCCAAUGGUCAACAUGAGCAAAAUUGAGGAUUACAAAUUCUCAUGACCUUCUCUGCUCUUUAUAGAUGUACUUAAAAUUUUCAAUCUGGAGGGAACUUACAGUCAUCUUGUACUCGUCUAUUUGAGUUACUAAUAUUAAAUUGCAUUGCAUCUGUUAAUAGAUAUUUAAGCAUAAAGGUUUUAAAAACUUUUAAAGAAAGUUAAAAAUUUUUAAAAUACUCAAAACAACCAAAAAGUAUAAUAUCAAUCAAACAAUUACUUCACACGUCAUUCAAAUGAAUUGGAUUUAAGAAUAAGUUUCUUCAUCGUAUAAUAAUGAAUCAUGUUAAUAAGGUUGAUAUAAAUUAGCGGUUAGCUAAAAAUAUUUAUUAAAUCUCCGUCCUGAAACUGUUAAAAAUAUCUUUGUUAAUGGUUUCUUGUAAAUUACUAUCUAAUGCAACACAAGUUGUUUAAGAAAAACUAGAGAUGCUUGCUUAUACGCAUGAGUAUUACUAUUUCAUUUUUAACAUUACUAAGCAAGCAUUAACAAAUUAUACACAUUUAUUGUUUUUUUUUUGUAUUUAUUACUCAUGAAGAUUAUUUUGAUUGAUUAGAAGCACAACUUUCUUUAUCAGUAACUGAAAAAUAAUAUGCAUUCUGAAAAAGCAAUGAGAGCUAUAAGAACCUUCCAGAGGAAGAAAAAAAAGUGUAAUUGUUUGUCAAUGUGCCUACAACUGCAAAAAAUGCAGUAAUUUUUAUCCCUUAAGCGAAUUCUGUGUACCCAUCCCGGUGUUUGUAUUUAACAUAACAAAAAAUCACUAAAAAGAGCUUUAAUUCUCACCGACGUCUUUAAAAAGAUACUGGUAGCUAUAUAUAUUUUAUUACUUGAUAAUACUGAACAAAACUGUAGAGUUUGUAUGUAAUAAAGUUAUAUUUGUGGAA